AUGAUCUCCUCGGCACUUCGCCACCACGGAUUGCCAGAUGCCGGGUGCGAGAUCCCUGGAACCGUCCACCAGGGCGGCAUGGACGGGGCCUUGCUCUCAGGAAAGGUUGACGGUGAAGAGCCAAGAGACGACCACGCGAACCCGGUUGAGUCGGAAAACACCAAACAUGAGCUGGCCGAGCACUGCGAGGAGCUCGCCGAAGCACUGCCGCUGAAGCCCUUGGAAGCCCGAAGGUUGCAGCGGGAGGGCGUUGCAGCUGCCGAGCGCAUAGCCGGCGCAUCCGGGUCCCAGCGUCCCUCAGACCCACGGCCGGAGGCGGACCCGUGGGCGGAGUCGGACCCAUGGUCGGAGGCAGCUGCAGGCUUAGCCGAAGCUUCCGAUCGGCGAAUCACAGCAAAGGCUCCGCGAGCCACGCCGAAUGGCAAGGGCGGUGGCUCUGCUUCGAGUGUCCAGGCCGCCGCCAAAAGCCGUCCGCCUGAGGAGGAAGAGGAGCCGUGGUGGCAGGCCCGUGCCGAAGCCCUCGCGGAAGCCCCGGAGGAGCCUUGGUUUCCGCCUCCCGCGGCGGAGGAGCCAACCUGGGAGAUCCCGGCGCCUUCGGUGGCCACCGGGCGAUCGGGGUGGCGUGCCCCGACACGUGCAGAGCCGAAGGCAGAGAGGCCUGGGGUGCUGGCUGCGCACCUCGCGGUGGACCCGGCGGUCGGCGCCGGCGUUUCGCUGCUCUGGUGCGCCCGAGAGGGUUACCGAGUCCAGGACAUUGAGGAGUUUCCGGGACAGCCGGAACUGCAGGUCGGAGACUUGAUCCGCCGAAUAGGCCCCCUGACCCUCCACGAUGCCGGCACGGUGGAAGAAGCGGAGCGGCGCUUCUCCACACACUUUGCCGACGGCGCCCCGCUCGAGGUUGAGCGUGCUCACUUCACCGUGGUCCUUCGUGUGCGCCCAAAGCUUGGCGCCGGGCUUUCCCUCGUGUGGUUUCCGCCCGAGGGGUACUUGGUGGAGGCCAUCGAAGACAUCCCGGGUCAGCCGGGCUUGAGGAGUGGUGAUGUGCUCCGGAGAGUGGGCGCGGCUGCGCUGGGUGGCCUCGGCAGCCAAAGUGCCGCCGACCGUGCCCUGGCGGGGGCCCUGAAGGAUGGCGUCCUGGGGCGAGUGUACAGGCCGCGCUGCGAUGCAGCAGCAGGCGACCUGGUAGCGGCUCGAACUGCAGCUUCGCCGCUGUGGCUUCCAUCCGUGGGUGUGGGUACUUGGUCCUGGGGCAACGAGUCCUUCGGCCACCAACACGUGGCACCUGGCUCCCCAGCUGCCAAGGAGGCAGCUGCCAGCACUUUCAAGGCGGCGACCGGCCUUGGCAGCUAUUUCUUCGACUCGGCGCCAACUUAUGGGCGAGGCUUUGCAGAGGAGAGCUUGGGCCAUCUGGCGACGACGACCGGCCACUUCUCAGUGGUGGCCACGAAACACUUCCCUCGCGCCGGGCCACGCGACCUCGCUGCAGCUGUCGUCACCACCGCCAGGGAGGCUGCCGCCCGACUGCAGCUUGAGUCAGUGGAGCUCCUCCAGCUGCACCGCCCGGCCGAGCCGCCGUGCAGCCUCGAGGCCCAGGCGGAUGCCCUGGCUUCUGCCGUCAAAGCCGGCGCAGCCAAGGCAGUAGGCGUUUGCAACUUCUCCCUCGCGGAGCUCCGAGUCGUGCAUGACCGCCUGAAAUCGGUGCAUGGCCUCCCACUGAGUACCUGCCAGGUGGAGCUGUCGCUGCUGCGCCAGCUCCCCGUGUCAUCGGGCUUGGUGAACGGCUGCCGAGAGCUGGGCGUCACGGUCCUGGCCUUCUCGCCUUUGGCUAUGGGCCGGCUCAGCGGGCGCUACGUGGUCAGGGCCAGCUUCCAAAACCCUUUGGAAGGGCCAGAUGGGAAGAUCGACCAGAAGAAGGUGGAGGGGGCGCUGGCCACAGGCUUGGACAUCGCGAAAAACGUGGUCUUCGCCCUCUUCGAUAUCUUCAAGGAGCCGCCCCAAGAGGCGACGGGGAAGGAUGCCCCGGGGCUCCUUGCGCUGAGCAGCGGGGUGCUGGAGACGCUCAAGGGCUGCCAAGUCCAGUCCGUGAAGGACGGUUCCUCGAAGGACGCCGCGGCUCUCUGCACCUCGACGGGGGGCCUGGCCGUCUUCUUCCUCACGCACUUCGGAGACUUCAACUCCUGGGAGCUGGCGCAGCAGCUGCGCACCGCUCUCCGCGAGGGCCGCACGGGCUCUGCCCGGGUGGUCAUGGUGGGGAUCGGUUCUGUGGACUCCGGCAAGCUCUUUGCGGAGCAGCUCGACCUGCCCGAGGCCUUGGAGCUCUACGCGGAUCCGUCUGGCGCCUGCCAUCAGGCCUUGGGCUUCAGCACUGGGGCCCUGCCGCAGUACAAGGAGAACCUGAAUCCCUACUUCCGGGUCUUCCUGAUGCUUUUGGGAGUCGGCUCGCCAGGCACGAUCCGGACGGUCUUGGGAGGCUACUUCGGCAACACUGCCCUGGGCUCCGAGGAGGUCUCUUGGGUGGAUGAGGCGCUGAAGCAGGGCGCCCAGAAGGGCCGCUUCCCCACCUCGGUGCCGCGGCGCCUGCCCUGGGAAGAGAAACCCACGGAUGGGGCCGAGGAGUGGGCAGACCUGGCCACAGCGGGCUCCACGGUGUGGAGCAACCGCGGCUUUGGGGAGACGGGCCUGCGGCCCUUCGAGCUGGCCACCGUCCGGCUCCAGAACAUGGUCGGGGGCAUCAUCGCCAACUGGGACAGCCUGAAGCCCGCGGACGACGAGCUCUUGGUCCAGCAGGGUGGUGCCAUCAUCUUCGACGGCGAGGAGGUGAAGUACUUCUUCCGAGAUAAGGGCAUCCUCACCUACGCCCCUGUUGCAACUGCUCUGAAGGCGUUGCCAAAGAAGUGA